AUGGUGCACGGCGAAGAACAGUCAUUGGCGACGUCCAGCGCGUCUUUUGCGACUUUUCCAUGGACCAGAAUCUGGGCUGGCUGGGACCCGAGUCGCGCCUCAAAGACACGGCCCUGGGCGCCGGGUCUGCUCGAUAUUGGCAUCUACAGCCUCGCCUGGGCCCUGCUUAUGCUCCAAGACCCCGCCACCGUGAUCAAUACCACCGCGGGGGACAAGACCACACGUCAGCCCAAGGUGGCCGCCCUGCAGACGCUGGCCGAAGGCAUUGACACCGUCUCGUCGGCAAUCAAGAAGGGUAAGCGGGCGUUGUGCAUCAUUCAGGGCACCCGUGGCUACAUAGUGUCGAGGGGGCGCCUAGCUCCUUCACGGUGUACAUGGAAAACGCCGACGGCCCAGGGAUAUCCUCCUCCAAACGUCACGAGUUUAAGCGGCCUGGUGGGGGAUUCUACUGGGAAACGGACAUGGUAG